GUGAUCAUCCUGCCGGAGGGUAGCUCCCACCUCGGCCUGGCUGAACCACGGAAGGCAGCGGCCAGGAGGCCGGGACAGGGCGGAGCAUAAUAGCGGGUUCCCGGCCCGCUCUCUGUCACGGUGCAAGCCCCUCCCCGCUCCGCUGCAGAGCCCGGUCCAGAGUCCCCCCCUCAGGGAAGGCUCAGUUUCCCCUGCCCGGGUGUCUGUGCAGAGCCGCUGCCGCUGGUCUCCCCAUGGCGAGCUGCUUCCGCGGCCCCCUGCCGGGGCGCCGCUCGCUGCCGGUGCUCCUGCUGCUGCUCCGCGUCUCCCUCGCGCAGGAGAGGGCGGCGGCGGCUGCCAUGUCCCUGCUGAGCGGCUAUUUCGGGACCAAGUCCCGGUACGAGGAGGUGAAUCAGCACCUGCUGCGGGACCCUCUCUCCCUGGGGCCCCCGGACCCGGGAUACCUGCUGCCCUCCGCCGCCUGCGCCCCGCUGCAGCUCCGCGCCCUCAUCCGCCACGGCACACGCUUCCCCACCGAGAAGCAGAUCCGCAAGCUGGGCCAGCUGCACCGCCUGCUCCGCAGCCAGGAGCGGCCGUGCCCCGCCGCGCAGCGGCUCGCCCGCUGGGACAUGUGGUACCAGCCCGACAUGGACGGGAAGCUGGCGCCCAAGGGCCGCCUCGACAUGGAGCAGCUGGCCUGGCGUCUGGCCGCCCGCUUCCCGGGCCUGCUGUCGCCGCAGCGCCGCUUCGCCUUCGCCAGCAGCUCCAAGCACCGGUGCGUGGACAGCAGCGCCGCCUUCCGCAAGGGGCUGCAGCUGGCCCUGCAGCGGCAGCCCCCGGCCAGAGAUAUUGAGAAUGAGACGACUAAGAUUAAUGACAAAUUAAUGAGGUUCUUUGAUCAUUGUGAGAAGUUUGUAACCUGUGUAGAAGAGAACGCUACAGCUAUGUACGAAGUGGAUGCCUUCAAACAGGGUCCUGAGAUGAAAAAGGUUUUGGAAAAAAUUGCGGCUACCUUGUGUGUACCAGUGCGUGACUUAAAUGCAGAUUUGGUUCAAGUUGCUUUUUUUACCUGUUCGUUCGAGUUAGCUAUUAAAAAUGUGAAUUCUCCCUGGUGCUCACUCUUCAAUGAAGAUGAUGCUAAGGUACUAGAAUACCUGAAUGACCUAAAGCAGUACUGGAAGAGAGGAUAUGGGUAUGAUAUCAACAGUCGUUCCAGCUGUAUUUUAUUUCAAGAUAUCUUCAAACACUUGGACAAAGCCAUUGCAGAGAGUAAAAGAAGGGGGGUUGGAUUUUGUGACUUUGCCAGGGAACUGAGCCCUGGAACACCUCGUGAGAGGAAGACAGCUAAAAGGAGGUACCAGGGAUUAGGACCCCUUACAGCAUCACACCCUGACACAAUGGGCCACUGUAGAUGUUCCAUGCCCAUUUCUUCACCUGUAAUCCUGCAAUUUGGACAUGCAGAGACCCUUCAGCCACUGCUUGCUCUAAUGGGUUUCUUCAAGGAUGAGGAGCCCCUUGCCGCUAACAAUUACGAAAAACAAAUGCAUCGGAAGUUUCGUAGUGGUCGCAUUGUGCCUUAUGCCUCAAACCUGAUAUUUGUGCUUUAUCACUGUGACCAAGCUAAGACCCCUGAGGAGGAGUACCAAGUACAGAUACUAUUGAAUGAAAAGCUGCUGCCAUUUCCUCACUCGGAGGAAACUGUCUCUCUGUACACAGAUCUGAAGAACCAUUAUAAGGACAUCCUUCAAAACUGCCACUUCAGUGAGGAAUGCAAAUUAUCAAAAACUAAUGAUACUUCCACUGAUGAACUUUGAGGGAGCAGAACAGAGCAAAUAUCAUGGAAAUUGAUUUCUGGUAUGCAGUUUGGUGUGUGUGGUGAACAAGUGUUUCUCAUCAGUGUUGGUUUUUUAUUUCCUGCUCAUAUAUUCACAUUCUUCUCUUACAUCUUUAAACUGAUGAUAAAUGCUUAUUCCUAUGUCUUAAUUCAGGGAUUUCUUAAAAUUCUAAGUAUAUAUUGUCCCUAUUGCUUGAGCACAAUUUUGAAAAUAAUUUCUUUAAUUAACCUGGCUGUUGGGAUAAGCAUUUGUUACAAAUAUGAAGAUGCAAGGUAAAGUAUAUUUAUACAUUUAUAUGCAUUACUAUAUAAUUUAUUUAUAUUAUUCCUGUUUUCUAAGCUUGCACAGUAGAUAGGUUUAGUGGACCAGGAGACUUUAGCUUACCAGAAUGGCACUUAAUGGGACUGAUGGCAUUUCCCUCUCAUCUGACUCCCUCGUUCUGUCGGUCCUUCUGUUUCUUAGUGUUUCUCUGAUGUCUCAGGCAUAAAAUGAUCCUCUCCUAUUUGCUUAUUUUGCAGCUAGAUGUUUGCGCCCUUUCGUUCUUGAACCCUGAAAGGGCAGCCAAGUGCUUUCUCCCCAACCACUGUCUAGGCAGGAGUCAGCCAUGAUUCUAAUUCCCGCACUCUUCUGAGCAUAGCAGCUUCCUUGGAUAGUGCCGCCAGGGGUAUUAUCCAUCCAAAAAGACGCAGGGAGUUGAAUUUCCAUGGCAUAAAGCCUUCUUCAGCCUACCUGCCAGAGCUAAUUGGUCACUGAGGGAGGCGUGUCCUGAAUUUUCUGAAGCCGUGCAGUGGCUGUUGCUCUAGAAGAUGUACCAAUCCUCUGCCAGUCUUAUAGGUCUCCUUCAAUGUCAUACUGUUCUUGUUUAACAGUUCAGGGUAAGGCAUACGAAUAUUGCAUGUUUGGCCCCAUUCAGACUGGAUUUCCUUAUCCUCUGACAAGUGGUAGUGAUAGUAAAGUCUAACAACUGUCAGGCAGAGAUUUUUUUAUUAUUGUUCUGGAACCAAAUGCUAUCGUUAUAUUAGCCACCUUGGGCUUUUUUGGGUACGUCUACUCUGCAACUGGGAGUGUCCUUCCCAGCUUGGGUCAAAAGACAUGCACUAGUUCCGCUUGAGCUAGCUUGCUAAACAGCAAUGUAGCCAAGAGUAGCAUGGGUGGCCGCUCGAGCUAACCACGUGAGUACUAACCCACUGGACACCCUGGGUUCAUACACGUUUGGCUAGCCCAAGCUACUACCUGUGCUGCCUCCAGCUACACUGAUGGUUUUUGCAUGCAGCUCGAGCAGGGCUAACGUGUGUGUGUCUGCCUGAGCUGGGAAGCACACUCCCAAGUGCAGUGGAGAUGUACCCCCGUCUAUGUGCCAGCCAAUCCUUGAAACAGGACUGUUUAUUCUAAAAGAAUGGACUACUUGUUCCCUGAGUACAGUAUUGCUAAUUUUUAAAGGAGUUGCACCUGUAUUAAAGUAGGAUUAAUUGCCACUGAAAAAUGUAAGAUACUGAAAAGAAAAUUUUAAUAUAAAAAAUGCAGAUAGUUACAAAGAAUAAGUGUCUGAAAUAGAAUACAGAUACGGAAAACAGUCAAAUAGAAUCCAUUAUCAUGAUUGUCUCAUUAGGCAGAUCAGAUUGAGAAAUGUCAAGACCCUGAGAAACGUCAAGACCCAUAGAAACCAAUGAAACUCAAGCAGUUGCAAAAUUAUAAGGAGUAAGAUUCUAAGUGCCUAAAUCCCACUGAGUUUCACUUAGGUGCUAUUGAAAAUUUUACUCAUGUAUUCUAUUGUUCCCAAGUCAUAUUGGUUAAUUGAAUGAGUAGGGUCAAAUCAGAUGAUAAAAUAACUUUUUGGAAUAUAAAAUUUGAACUCAAAAUAAUUUUGAAAUAAUUUGAUUUUUAAUACGUUUCUAAUGGAACCAUACCUAUAUUUUUAUAGUUUCAAUCUGUUUUACAAGGCUUAGCAUUAUGCUGGGCAGUACAAUGCUGUAUUAUAAAUAUUACAAUUUCAAUGAAGGGAUAAUGGUUUGUCACUGAAUGGAAUUACUAAAACGUUGGGAAUUUCUAAACAUUUGGAAACAUUCUUAGUGAAAUAUUAGUACCUUAGUAAAGCUAAAUCACUGCAGUUAUCUUUUAAGUGAAUCAAGUACUGAUAGGAUGGAUAAGGAGCGUCAUUCAUCCUGAAGCAAAUGUGGCAAAGAAAUGAACUGUCAGUAUUUGUAUGAUCUUUUCUGUUUUAUCUCCAUCUUCAUAUCAGCUUUUUCUCUUGCUUGAUCCUAUCUUGAAGCUAUAGUAGUAUAUGACUUCAGUUUAUUGUCAUAAUAAGCAUUUUCAUAAUAUUCAUUUUUAUGGGCUUCACUGCAGGAGCAAGUGGGGAGAAAAGCUAUGAAGAAUUAAACUUUUUCUAAACACACUUAGCUUAAAUACAAAGUAAACAUAAGGAAUCGUGAAAAGCCCCCCUGAAACAAAUAAACUUCUGUUUCCAGGAAUGAGUCACCUUGUUUUAAUGAGACUAUGUUCUGGUUUUGAACCUUAUGGGAUGAAAUGUUUUCCCCAUUGAAGUUGGAAGUUUUUUUCCACUUCUAGGAGCCAGGUUUUCACCUAUGAAGUUUAUUAAAAGGGAUCAGAUGACAAAACUGGAGUAUAUAGACAAAUUGGACAUAAGCCUCCUAUAACUAAAGCAGCUGCCUUUUUCAUUCACUUAAAUUUGCUCCAAGAUGGAGGUACUACUGAGUAGUCCCAUCCACUGUAGUGCAUGGAGGCUUUUUGGGGGGGACGGGGCGGGGGGGAGGAAUGUGUAAAGGGAAGCAGAGGUGGGUUCUGUUUUUCAGUGGAGGACAAUUCAGUGGUGUCUGCCAGUCAAUCAAUGUGCUUGGUGGAAAAUCAAUUUGAAUAAUUGAAAUUGUGCUAUUUUGGUACUGCUGUAUUAUGUGUAAGGUGUUUUGGAAAACUGAAGCUUGAUUUACUCGUUUGGCAUAAUCAAAUGUUUGUUUUUGGAGCUGGUUAUUUCAGACAGUGGCUUUAAUUUUGCAGAAUUCUAAUAAAAGGUUACAGAUGCAAAUACAUAUUUUGAAAAUGUACUACAUGAAUGUUGUAACUGCUCCUUAAACUUUUAACUUGGGGUGGGUGAUUUUAGUGUACCUGGUAAAUUUAAAAUAAACUUGCUGUGUAGUAAAUAAAAAAGGAAACUAAGAAAGAUGGUAAGUGUGCUCUAUUACAGAGUUGGGUGCUAGUCCUGCUAUCAGCAAUGCACAGAUAGACUGCUGUGUCUUGUGGUCAAUUGCAUGAUUGGAACCUUAAUGCCGCUGUAUUCACUAUGACUUGAAUAAUCUUUUUCCUUUGGCAAGCUUUCUAAGUUAUGCAUUUGAGACCUUACUUGUGCUGAUGCAAGGUACUCCUUGUUUCUGGAGAGGUAUGAGUAAACUAAUUUGUUACUUUUUUAAUAGUAAAAUCUUAGCAAAGUAACACUGUAGGUAUGUUUUACUUAUCAGUUGAAGCCUUAAUUUGCAAUCGUUCUGCAAUCAAAAACACUCUGACUACAACAUUGGAUCUCUUAUAUUUAAUGCUACUAUUGAAUACUUGAAAUAGUCUUUACUAAGAAUUGUUUGAAGCUAGAGCAAUCUUUCUGGCAUCUUUUAGCUGACCACCUCUUAAUUUUUCAUACUAAACAGCGAAUCUCAACGCUGUAAUUCUGGCUAGCAUAAAGUUGUCCAGUAUUUUUUACUAUACGUAGUAUGUAUUUGCAGUGGUACUGUAGGUGCUUGGAUGAAAAUAAUUGGCUUUGGCCAAACUUUUUAGUACUGUGAAGUAUGAAAAGUCUCACCCUAUUUGGUGUAAAGAGAUAUCUAAUCUCAGUAGCUCUGUCAGCAACAAUAACUACACAAUUGCAAAUACUGCAAUUUCUUGCAAAUACAGUUAGUAACUACUUUAUUUGAAAUUUUAUAUUAGCAUAAUCGUAUUGAUGUACCUUUCUCUGGUUAAUGUAAACCUUGAAGUGGGGGUUGAUGUACAUUACGUACAUAUUAACCAAUAACUUUAUUUUUCAAUUUGUAUUUUGGAGUGCAUUGUAUUUACUGAUCUUUGUGGGAGGUCUUAUUUGAAAGGAUAAUAGUAUGCCAAAUUAAACUUCUAACAGACUAUAUUAAUAUUUCUGAUACACAACUUAAAGGAGUGAAAUGCAAUUUAAAGAAUUAGAAUAACUAUCAUGACUAGGGCCUUACCAAAUUCAGUCCAUUCUGGUCAAUUUCACAGGCAUAGGAUUUGAAAAUUAGUCAAUUCCAUGUUUUCAGAAGUUUCCAUCUGAAAUUUCAUGGUGUUGUAACUGUGGGGGUCGUGAUCCAAAGGGAAGGUUGUGGAGGGGUCGCAAAGCUCUUGUAGUGGGGUCAUGGGAUUGCCACUCUCACUUCUGGGCUCUGAAGGCAGCACCCCCGGAGCUAGAGGUGGAGAUGGGUCUGACCUAGAGGUGCUACUGGGAGUGCCCCAGCCGGGGGCUCCUAGCUGCUAGUUCUGGCCAGGUUGGGGAGGGACAGGACGAGCUCUUCCCCUGCACAGCCACUCUCAGGGCAGAUCAGACCUGCUUCCAGGUAUCUCCUGUGGCUGCGGGAAGCUCUGGGACUGGGCAGCAGCCCUGGAGCUUCCUGUAGCCACAGGAGGUUGCUGGAGGUUCAGGUGGGUACCUCCCCUGGCUACAGGGUGCUCCCAGCAGCACAGGGUAAGUACCCGGAGGUGGAUCUGAUCUCCCCCGCGAGUGCGGCCCUGCAGGGGAAGAGCAAGUCCUGUCCCUCCCCAGCCCAGCCAGAACUAGUAGCUAGAAGCCCCUGGCUGGAGUGCUCUCAGCAGCACAGGGGAGAUCAGCCUCAUCUCUAUCAACUUCCUACCACUGCAGGACGCUCCAGGGCUGCUGCCCAGUCCUGGAGCUUCCUGCAGCUGGGGUAGGUACCCAGAGGUGGGUCUGAUUUCCCCCCCACUCCACCCCCCCAUUUUCCCCCAAGUGGCUGUGCAGGGGAAGAGCAAGUCCUGUUCCUCCCCAGCCCAGCCAAGACUAGCAGCUGGAGCCGAAGGCCUGGUAGGUUCCCCAGCCGUUCCCUUCCCCUUCAAUAACUAGAUUUCACAGGGGAGGUCUGAUUGCAUGGUCCAUGACACGUUUUUCACAGCCAUGUAUUUAGUAGGGCCCUAAUCAUGACUGAAGCCAGUCUUUUUUAAAAUAAUUACAAUAAUAUCUUAAGGAAAAAAUGAUUUCUUGCUCUUGUCUUUUGUACCCCAGAAAUUUGACCCUUAAACAUCUGUGUUUGUAUAGCACCUAACACAGUGGAGUCCUGCUCUGUGACUAAGACUUCUAGGAACUAUGGAAAUAUAAAUAAUAUUGUAAGAAAUAUUUUUCUUCAGUAAACUUAAACCCUGAACAUGUGUAUCUUCUCGCUGUAAAUAAACAUGCCAUUUCUAUUCCAUUAAAGUUUAAUUUCCUUGUAUUUUCAUCAGUGUAGCAGCUCUUGAACAUCAACUCAAUGAUGAUUAUAUAGCAACAUUCAAUAAGUUCCUAUUUUUAUUUUCUGUGUAAAAUACUGUUUUUGCCUUCAUGUGAUUUUUCAUCUGUAUUAAACUGCAAUUGCUGAGAAUUUUA